AUGAAUGCUGGACUGAAGUCACCUCCGAGUAUCCCCCAGUAAUAAAAGCUAAAUCCGUUGUAAGUCAAUUCUAUUUUAAUGAAUAUUUCAAGUGAAGGAGUUAUGAUAAGUUCACAUGGAGCUAAAAUUUAGUAAAAAACCAUAGAGCAUGCAAAGUUGACUAACAGGAACACUCCAAUUACAGAUUUUUAAAUCAGGCCUCCAAUCAAGUAUGAGAGACCUCAAAAAUCCAAAGUUCUUGAGAGACCUCCGUUCAAGACAAAUGAGUAGGUAUCUCAUGAGAGCUAAUAGUAAAAUUAAAUGGAAAGGUAAAAAGGAUAUUUUGAUGGAAAGAAGUUCACACUAACGCUUGAUCUCAAUACAGUACUUCAGCAAUCAGAUGAUGUCAACAGGCUAUUAGAAUCCCAAAGCUUGGCUAAAUCAUUCAGUCCCUAAAGAGAUAACGAUGUUCCCUCCUCUAAUAUAUUUCAUAGCUACAUUUACAAAGAGGCAAUCCUUAAAAAUGAAUAGCAUCUCUAACUACUUUAAGACUAGAAUAAGAUCUCAUAUCCUCAUCCAAAUAAUCUGUAACUAUAGGAGCUAUUCUCUGAGAAAUAAAUUGUUCGAAACUAGAGCCCCAGUAAGACUUAAAGCUCGAAACUAAUGUAAAACCUUGAACCCUUAGAAGAAAACGAAAUAUUGAUGAAUAACUAGAUAGAUCUUAGUAAAUUAACUCCUCGAGAAAAAUUGUCAUUUCUUAUAAACAAUGAUAACUAAGUGGCUUAGCAUGGCAAGAAAUAAUUGCUAUUUUUGAAAAGAUAGCUGGAUGAGUAAAAGUAAAUUUUCAGACCACAAAGUGCCUAGCACAAGAAAUCAAUCGCAUAUUAUCAUCCACCAAUAUCAAAACCUAUAACCUCCCCUUAAACAACUGAUGGCUAUAAAAAUAUUACUUGGAUACAACUUAAAUAACUAGAAUAAGAGAUUUAAAACAAUGCUUUAUGGUUUAGUGAUGAUUAACAUCAAGAAAUGCUUUUGGAAAAGGUCAGGAACAUCACAGCAAGGCAUAAAAAGACAGCCUUGUAAAAGCAUCUAGACAAGUAUCGAGAUUACUAUGUUCAUCAUGUUCAUAUAUCUGGCAAACAAAUAAUUAAAAAAAUUUAGACACCAGAAUAGUUCAAAGAUUACUGGGCUACUAUAUUUUAAGAUAGGAUUAUUGAUUAAAGCAUGGAAACUUAUAUUGAAAUGGCUAAAGCAUAUAUCAAGAUAUAACUAUUUUCUUCUUUCAAAAUAUAAUGA